GAAGAAUGCAAUGCUAAUGUUUCCUCCGUCACGCCCUGUGAAUUAUGGACACACCAGAGAAGAACGACAUCAACGUCCCUCUUCCCAAAUUUGAGAUGGAGGAUUCACCUGUUUUUAACUAUAUCAAUAGUCUAUCUCCUAUAAAGCCCGUUUACUCAGUUCGAAUUAAUCAGACAUUCAAUUCACUUAGCUUUUCAUCCCCUCCAUCGGUUUUCACAACACCUCAUGACAACUGUCACAAGGAAUCCAGAUUCCUCCGGAGGCAUAACCUUUUGAACACAUCAAAGUCUAAGGUUUCAUCUGAAGAUGUAAAUAAAGUUCGUGAAGAGGCUCUUACCGAUGCAACUCAUGCAUGUCAUGACUCAAGUGAGCUACAGGAAAAUACUGAUCCAAGGAUUUCCAUAGGGGAUGCCUCAAUAAAGCCAUCUGGUGAACAUACGAAGUUCUCAAUGGAGCUUCAACAAUCCUUCAAAUAUAAUUCUGGUAGCCCGGGAUAUGAUCCUCUUUAUUGUGGUGAUGAGGCUAACUCUAUUUUGGAAUUGCCUGGUGAACCAGCAUCAGAUGUUUCCUAUGCUCACGAAGGAUCUAAAAAAGAUUUAGUGGAGGGUGCAAUGCAUCUUCAGGGUAUACGCCAUAUUGAGACAGAAAUUGAAGGCCCAUAUUGUGAAUGGGGUAAUUUAAUUAGGAAUGCCUAUGAUCUGUCAAUGUUUAGUUCCCCAAACGUGACAGAAGCUCUUAUGGAUCUAAUGAAUAAACAAUUGGAUCCUCGGCUUAGCAAUUUUGUGUCUCUGUUACCACAAUCCACCACUGAUAAUGGUUCUGAAAUGCACAAUGUUAAUCCAGUUGCUUCUGGUUCAGAACAUGAAAUCGAAGAUCAUCCUUCUGAACCAAUAGCAACCACAAACUCAGGUCAGACACAGGACAAUCUUGCCAAUGCAGCUUUGAAGGCUAGCAAUCCAAGUUUGAAAACGAAUGAUGAGCGUGUUUAUGUGACACACCAUGGUAUAAGGAGGCGCUGUCUGGACUUUGGGCUGGCCAGUAUGCAAAUGAAGAACUCACGUGAUAAUUCAAACACCAGUUCCGGUACAGAAAAUUCUGAUGAGAGGAAUGUUGGCAAUGCAGAGCAACUGCUUCCUACAAAACACAGUGGUGAUUCACGGAAAUGUGUUUUACCAGGAUUUGGUUUGCACUUGAAUGCACUUGCAACCUCAAAAGAUUACAAAAGCAUACAAAAUGAAAAGUUGUCUUCUGGAAGACAACCUAAUCUUCCUAGCUCCACUUCUUCCUUGCAACUCUCAGCAAGCCAAGUACAUCCUCUAUCGUUGGUACCUGCAUCAGGUGAAAGAGAUCUGGAGCCAUUAGAGAAUGAGGUUCAGCCUGCUAAAGAUUGUACCCAGACAUCAGUUGAUAUAGCUGCUGAAGAUUUCCAUCAAAAUACCCCCAUAAAGAAAAGGUACAUGUUGGAACCAGCUGGGGAAGGGGAGUCUUGCAAGCGGUGUAGGUGUAAGAAAUCUAAGUGUUUGAAACUUUAUUGUGAGUGCUUUGCUGCUGGAGUCUACUGUAUAGAACCUUGCUCAUGUCAAGACUGCUUCAACAAACCUAUUCAUGAAGAUACUGUUCUUCAAACUCGCAAGCAGAUUAUGUCCCGUAACGCACUGGCGUUUGCUCCUAAAGUCAUAAGAAGUUCUGAUUGUGUACCAGAAAUUGGGGAUGACCCUAACAAAACGCCAGCUACAGCACGACACAAAAGAGGAUGUAAUUGCAAGAAAUCAAGCUGCGUAAAGAAAUAUUGUGAAUGCUAUCAGGGUGGUGUUGGUUGCUCCUUAAGCUGUAGAUGUGAAGGGUGCAAGAACUCUUAUGGAAGAAAGAAUGGUUAUGUUCCCACCGGAAUAGAAGCUGAGCCGGAAGAAGAAACAGAAGCAUGUGAAAAGGGUGUGGUGGAAAAAGCUUCACAGAAAACUGAAAUUCAGAAUAUUGAAGACCAUCCUGAUCCUGAUUGUGCUCUUCUCACAACACCAUUACAGCUUUCCAGACCAUUGCUUCUGUUACCCUUCUCUGCUUCUGGAUUGAUUGCCAGCCAAAAGCUUGGGAAAUCAAAAGCUAGUAGGUCUCAACUCAAAUUUGAAAAGCCUUUUCAAACUGUUCCGGAUGAGGAUGAACCUCCCAUCACUUGCAUCAAAGUUUCUUCUCCGAAUGGCAAGAGGAUCUCCUCUCCUAAUUGUGACUUUGGAUCAUCUCCUACUCGCAGAAGGAAGUUGAUAUAACAGUCCAUCCCUUCAUUUCCUUCCUUCUCUCACCCCUCUCCAUUAGAAUGAGCAUCUUUAUCGUAGUAAGUUAGCCUCCCCUUACCCAUUCCCCUUUAAUCGUAUUUUUAGUUUGUUUCAACAGAACUUAUCCUAGAUAUAUUUACCUGAUUGAGUUUCGUCCUACUUUUCGUAAUAAUAUGUUGCGUUGAUACCAUAUUAUACAACUUAAGUUGUAUAGCUUAAGUAACGGUUAUCAUCAUUCUCGGGAUUAAUCUUUAUACUUUUUCUGUAAAUUACUUGGAGAAUUGGUUAUGAAUAAGUUCCCAUGU